GUGUAAUUUGCAAUUAACAAUAAUUAAAUCAAUACCAUUUUGGUCGCCUUGCCCUUGCCCAUCACACCAGUGCGUGUAUGUGCACAGUGCUGUACUGCAGUUUGAAUUCGAAGAUAUCUGGUUGAAAAACCUGCUUGCCCGAAAACAACAAUACACAUACACAGGCGCACAGGUACACAGGAAUACGCAGCCCCCCGCCAGCACUUCGUAACGUAACCGCCCUACAUUCCAUCCGCUCCCUAAGGUGAACUAAAACGGUCCCAAUAUGACGGCAGCCCCGUACAACUAUAACUACAUCUUCAAAUAUAUCAUCAUCGGGGACAUGGGCGUGGGAAAGUCCUGCCUGCUGCAUCAGUUUACCGAAAAAAAAUUCAUGGCCAAUUGCCCGCACACCAUUGGCGUGGAGUUUGGCACGCGCAUCAUCGAGGUAGACGACAAAAAAAUCAAGCUACAGAUCUGGGACACAGCGGGCCAGGAGCGAUUCCGGGCAGUUACACGCUCCUACUACAGAGGAGCCGCCGGCGCCCUAAUGGUUUAUGAUAUAACGAGACGCUCCACGUACAAUCACUUGAGCAGCUGGCUCACCGACACUCGCAAUCUCACAAACCCCAGCACUGUAAUAUUUCUUAUUGGUAACAAGUCCGACCUGGAGAGCACUCGUGAAGUGACCUACGAGGAGGCCAAGGAGUUUGCCGACGAGAAUGGCCUCAUGUUUCUCGAAGCAAGUGCAAUGACUGGACAAAAUGUUGAGGAAGCUUUUCUCGAAACCGCACGCAAGAUCUAUCAGAACAUCCAGGAGGGACGGCUCGAUCUAAAUGCGUCCGAGUCAGGGGUGCAGCACCGACCCUCGCAGCCAACACGAACCUCCCUAAGUAGCGAGGCCGCGAAUGUCAAGGAUCAGUGCUCAUGCUAAAUGGAUAAACCUUAACUUUACACACUCCUAGUUAUAAAAAUCUAUCUUAAUUUUUAGCCCAACUCGUAAUCAUAAUGAUUUCCGAUAUAUCGAAAGCAAGCAAGAAACCAAUGUAUCUAUCUAGUUGAAUGAUUCGAUUAGUCGUGGACGUGUGAACAGAACAACUAAACCAAAAUAUAAAAGCCCCCCCUCCCCAUAAAUAAGCAAAAAUUCAACAUUUGUAUUAUGGAGAAAGCAUAUUUAUUAGAAAAUUGAUACAAUUGUUGGUUAGCGCGAGUAUUUCCCACGGA